GUAAGACCCCUUAGGAGUUGGGCUCCAUGGCUUCCCGGAAGAGCCCCUGGUGGUUGCUGGUAUGGAUGGUCUUCACACAUUCUGCUCUCCUGCAGACCACAGCAGAGAAGUCACCUGGUGCCUACUUCCUUCCUGAGUUUGCACUGUCUCCUCAGGGAAGUUUCCUUGAAGAUACGACGGGGGAGCAGUUCCUCACCUAUCGCUAUGAUGACCAGACCUCAAGAAAUGUUCGCUCAGAGGAAGACAGAGACAGUAACUGGGAUGCAUGGGGCGACUGGAGUGACUGCUCCCGGACCUGUGGGGGAGGCGCCUCCUACUCUCUGCGGAGAUGCCUGACAGGAAGGAAUUGUGAGGGGGAGAAUAUUCGAUACAAGACAUGCAGCCAUCACGACUGUCCUCCAGAUGCAGAAGACUUCAGAGCGCAGCAGUGCUCAGCCUACAAUGAUGUCCAAUAUCAAGGACGGUAUUAUGAAUGGCUUCCACGGUACAAUGACCCCACUGCUCCCUGUGCACUUAAAUGCCAUGCACGGGGACAGAAUUUGGUGGUGGAGUUGGCACCCAAAGUGCUGGAUGGAACUCGCUGCAAUGCUGACUCCCUGGACAUGUGCAUCAGUGGUGUCUGCCAGGCUGUGGGCUGUGACCGGCAGCUGGGCAGUGUCGCCAAGGAAGACAGUUGUGGAGUCUGUGCUGGCGAUGGCUCCACCUGCAGGCUUGUCCGGGGACAGUCGAAGUCACAUGUUUCUCCAGAAAAAAAAGAAGAAAAUGUGAUUGCCGUUCCUUUGGGAAGUCGAAGUGUGAGGAUCACGGUGAAAGGACCUGCCCAUCUCAUUAUUGAAUCAAAAACACUUCAAGGAAACAAAGGAGAACACAGCUUUACCAGCCCAGGAAUCUUUGUUGUGGAAAAUACCACAGUUGAAUUUCAGAAGGGCGCAGAGAGGCAGACCUUUAAGAUUCCAGGACCGCUGAUGGCUGAUUUCAUCUUCAAGACCAGGUACACAGUGGCCAAAGACAGCGUGGUCCAGUUCUUCUUUUACCAGCCCAUCAGUCAUCAAUGGAGACAAACUGACUUCUUUCCCUGCACUGUGACAUGUGGAGGAGGUUAUCAGCUAAAUUCUGCUGAAUGUGUGGAUAUCCGCUUGAAGAGGGUGGUUCCUGACCAUUAUUGUCAUUACUACCCUGAAAACGUAAAGCCCAAGCCCAAACUGAAGGAGUGUGGCAUGGACCCCUGCCCAUCAAGUGAUGGAUUUAAAGAGAUUAUGCCUUAUGAUCACUUCCAACCUCUCCCUCGCUGGGAACAUAAUCCAUGGACUGCAUGUUCUGUGUCCUGUGGAGGAGGGAUUCAGAGGCGGAGCUUUGUGUGUGUGGAGGAGUCCAUGCAUGCGGAGAUACUGCAGGUGGCAGAAUGGAAGUGCAUGUAUGCACCCAAGCCAAAGGUCAUGCAAACUUGCAAUCUCUUUGAUUGCCCCAAGUGGGUCGCCAUGGAGUGGUCUCAGUGCACAGUAACUUGUGGCCGUGGGUUACGUUACCGUGUCGUCCUGUGCAUCAACCACCUCGGGGAGCAUGUUGGAGGCUGCAAUACACAGCUCAAGCUACACAUCAAAGAGGAAUGUGUCAUUCCCACUCCCUGUUAUAAACCAAAAGAAAAAAGUCCAGUGGAAGCUAAAUUACCUUGGCUGAAACAAGCACAAGAACUAGAGGAGACCAGAAUAGCAACAGAAGAACCAACGUUCAUCCCAGAGCCCUGGUCAACCUGCAGCUCCACAUGCGGCCAGGGCGUGCAGGUGCGCACUGUGAGGUGCCGCGUGCUCCUGGCCUUUGCGCGCACUGAGGCUGAACUACCUGAGGAUGAGUGUGAGGGCCCCCAGCCACCCACCGAGCGGCCUUGCCUGCUUCAGGCCUGUCCUGGGAGCCCUGAACCCCGAGAGCCCAACAGCUCCAUCCCCCAGCUGGACAGCACAGGGACCUAUGCCUGGGAGUAUGCCGGCUUUACCUCCUGCACAGCCACCUGCCUGGGAGGACGUCAGGAAGCCAUAGCAGUGUGCUUACACACCCAAACCCAGCAGACGGUCAACGACAGCUUGUGCGACGCAAUGCACCGGCCUCCGGCAAUGAGCCAGGCCUGUAACACGGAUCCCUGCCCUCCCAGGUGGCACGUGGGCUCCUGGGGGCCCUGCUCAGCUUCCUGUGGGGUUGGCAUCCAGACCCGGGAGGUGCACUGCUUGCACCCAAAGGAGUCCCCUGCCUCUCCAGAGAAGUGUGGAGGUGAAAAGCCCCAUGACUUACAGGCAUGCAACCAGUUUGACUGCCCUCCUGCCUGGUACAUUGAAGAGUGGCAGCAGUGUACCAGAACAUGUGGUGGGGGCACUCAGAACCGAAGAGUCACCUGUCGGCAGCUGUUAACAGAUGGCAGCUUUUUGAACCUCCCCGAUGAGCUGUGCCAAGGUCCCCGGGCAUCAUCUCACAAGUCCUGUGCCAGGAUAGACUGUCCUCCACACUUGGCACCAGGAGACUGGUCAAAGUGUUCCGUUAGCUGUGGGAUUGGACUCCAGAGAAGGAAGCAGGUAUGUCAGUGGCUGACUGCCAAAGGCCGGCGCGUCCUGCUCAGUGAGGUGGUGUGCAGGGACCUCCCAGCGCUCCCUCUCAUCAGACCCUGCCAGAUGCCCGCGUGCGGUGUAAUGAAACUAGAGAGAAAAAUAAAAGCUCCUGAGUUGGGUCCUCAGAUUCUCAGUGUGCAGAGAGUCUACAUUCAGACCAGAAUAGAGAAACGGAUCAACCUAACUGUUGGUAGCAGAGCCUACUUGCUUCCCAACACCUCUGUGAUCAUUAAAUGCCCAGUGCGAAGAUUCCAGAGAUCUCUGAUCCGGUGGGAGAAGGACGGUCAAUGCCUGCAGAACUCCAAACGACUCAGCAUCACUAAGUCAGGCUUGCUGAAAAUCCACAGCCUGGAAGCCCCCGACAUUGGCGUGUAUAGGUGCAUUGCAGGCUCCGCACACGACACUGUUGUCCUCAAGCUCAUCGGGACUGACAACCGGCUCAUCGCACACCCAGCCCUCAGACAGCACGGGAAGGAGCAGCCUGGGACGGACCACCCCGAGGACAAUAGUUUGGGAGCUUCUUGGCAGAAAGUGCGGCAGAUGUGGAGUAAUAAAAAUGAGCUUUACCUGCCUGAUGGUCAAAUUAAUAACCAGCCUUUCUUCAAAGCUCUGUUUGGCCACUGCAGCAACCCUGCAGGCAACACCAACUCCUGGGAGUUUAAGAAUAAACAGUUUGAAGCGGCUGUCAAACAGGGAGCGUACAGCAUGGACACCGUCCAGUUUGAGGAGCUGAUAAGAAACAUGAGUCAGCUCAUGGAGACUGGGGAGGUGAGCGAGGAUUUCGCCUCGCAGGUGAUUUAUCAGCUGGUGGCUGAGUUGGUAAAGGUGCAGCCGACAACACCCCCACAGUGGAGGGGCGUCCAGGAGGAGCGGCCACCCUCCGCUCAACUCAGAGGCCAAACAGGGAGUACACCCCAAAGUGGAAGUGUGAAAAGUGUGGGCAAGCUGACAUUUAAGCCCAAAGGACCCAUUCUUGUGAGGCAAAGCCAGCCCCCUUCAGUUUCAUUCAAUAAAACAAUAACUGUGAGGAUUGGAAACACAGUGUACAUUACAAAAAGGACAGAGGUCAUCAAUAUCAUCUGUGACCUUGUUAGCCCCAGCAGGGUCACAUAUACAUGGACCAAGGAUGGCGUACUGUUGCAACCUUCAGUAAAGAUAAGCUUGGAUGGAACUGGAAGAAUACAGAUAAGGAACCCUACAAGGAAAGAACAAGGAAUAUAUGAAUGUUCUGUAGCUAAUCAUCUGGGUUCAGAUGAGGAAAGUUCUUCUGUGCUGUAUGCAGAGGCACCUGUCAUCUUGUCUAUUGAAAGAAAUGUCACCAAACCAGAGCACAACCAUCUGUCUGUCAUGGUGGGGGGCGCUGUGGAGGCAGCUGUUGGAGCAAAUGUGACAAUCCGGUGUCCUAUAAAAGGUGUCCCUCUGCCCAAUGUUACAUGGCUGAAGAGAGGAAGAUCUCUGAGUGACAAUGUUUCCUUGCUUUUCAAUGGAUCCCUGUUGUUGCAGAAUGUUUCCUUUGAAAACGAAGGCACCUACAUCUGCACAGGCACCAAUGCUCUUGGAAAGGUGGUGGCAGCAUCCACACUGCAUUUGCUGGAACGAAGAUGGUCAGGCAGUAAAAUUGUAUUUCCCAAGGGACAUAAAAUGCAUGUUUUCCAGGCAUCCAACACCAGAACCAACACCAGCAACGCAAGAGAAACCCUGCCUCGAGAGCCUUUCUGGGAACCUGGUAACUGGACACAUUGUUCUGCCACCUGUGGACACUUGGGAACUCGUAUUCAGAGACCCCGCUGUGUGACAACCAGUGGGCAGGAAGUGAGCACAGACCUCUGUGGUCACCUCCAGAAGCCGAGGGCCGGCUUCCAGCCCUGUAACAUCCGGGACUGCCCUGCAAGGUGGUUCACAAGUGUGUGGUCAGAGUGCUCUGUGUCUUGUGGGGAAGGAUUCCACAGUCGGCAAGUGAAGUGCAAGCAGACAAAAGCCAGCGGCCCUGUGCAGGUGGUGUCUCCAAAGGCAUGUGACCCUAAAGACCGGCCUCUGGGAAGGAAGCCAUGCUCAGGUCAUCCAUGUGCUCAGUGGGUCAUCGAACCAGGCCAGCAGUGUCCUGAACGCUGCCUGGGCCGUAUGGUGAGGAUGCAGCAGCAUCGCCACACAGCGUGCGGACACCGCAACAGCUCAGGCUCCGGCUGUGAGGAUAGGAGAUCUGCCCCCCGGAGGAACUGUACAUCCAAGGCCUGUGAGGUGUGCUGGCGCACAGGGCCCUGGAGGCCUUGUACGGCAGCCUGUGGCCGGGGCUUCCAGUCUCGGAAGGUGGACUGUGUCCACACACGGAGCUGCAAGCCUGUGGCCGACAAUCACUGUGUGCAGAGAAAGAAACCAACUUCAUGGCGGCACUGCCGCGGGCCUUCCUGCAAUAGAGACUGCACAGACACAACUCACUACUGUACAUUCGUGAAGCACCUUAACUUGUGUUCCCUGGACCUCCACAAACAAAGGUGCUGCCACUCAUGCCAGGAAGGGUAAACCUUUGCAGGGCUUGUGAUGCUGCUCCAAUGAGAAAGGAACAGUAGAGUUCUCAUACCCAUGUCUCUGCUUGCAAAACACGUAUUUCCUGAACACUGUAGAUUCCAUGAUGAAACCAAGGUUGAUACAAAACACCACUGUUAAAAUUUUGUAAGUUGAAAUUUUCCCAUGGUUGGUUUUUAACUCAAUUCUUAUAAAUGAUGUAUUCUGGGAUUCACAAGAACACCAUAGCACAUGAGCCAGCACACUUGGGACUCUUCCUGUGCACCUGACAGGGAAACUACCAAGAUUAAGAUUGCUUCAGCAGGAGCUGUGACUUUCGGCCUAGCACAGAGUAGUGCAUCCUGAAGGCUUGGGGAACACAGUAACUGCUGACUCCCUCUUCUUUUGCACUGCACAGUUUUGACAAGGUUAUAAAGUAUUUAAAUUUUUUAGGUUCGGGCCAGUAGUUGUUCGGAUAUUGGUGCUCCUGGUGUUUUCAUAGAUCCUUUAGUCUAUGAAAGAAAGAAAUUCUCUGGACACAUAUAUAACAACAGUGGGCCCAAGAGGUCCCAAGGGGGUGGCAUCUGAUCCUUUUUCUUAUGACAAUCGUGGAAGGAAACACAGUCAUUGUUGCUGUUGCCUUCACAAGUACAGAAAUCUAUUCAUGACCAAACGAGGCAUCUUGAAAAUCAAGAAGAGGGCAGUUCACCUUUUCUAUUGUUUUUGAAGUACAUUGAAAGUUUUCUUCUAAGAGCUGUGAAUGAAACUUUUUCUAAGCACUAUUCUAUUGCACAAAAUGGUAAUUCAAAGCCUUAUUAGACCUAAUUUAUGUAUGAAAUAGUAUUCCUGAGAAUUUUUAUUUUGGAAAGUUUAUAAGAAAGUGAUCUAAAUAAGAAACAUGGUAGUUGAGAAAGAAUUGUUUAUCGUAAGUAAUUCUUUGGAUUUGAGCUGAUUCUUCAAUAGAUCCAAAAUAAAUUUGGGUUGGAUGGAAGUGACACUUUGGGGACCAAGAGCUAGAGUUAGGGGUUGGGUUAGACCUUGGGGAAAAUAAUUUAAAAACUAAUUGGGGACUAGUUUUAGUUUCAGAUUAGAGCUAAAAUUAGGUUAGUAAGAAGGGAAGUUAAGUUGGCGCUAAGGCUAGAGUUGGCUUUUGGGGUUAGGGUGCAGGUCGGGUUAAGACAGAGCUGGGUGGGGUUCAGAUUGGGGCCAAGGCUGGUGUUAGUUAUGAGGUCAAGGUGGAGGUGAAAUCUGGGUGAAUGUUGCAGCUGAUGUAGGUUCAGACCAGCACUGAACUGUAAGCUCUACAGCUGGUUUGGUUAUGAGGACCUUUUCCUGGCAUUUUACUCGUUGUGGCUUUAGAAGGCACACGUCCCCAAGUAAAUGGUCACACUUUUUCAUUCAGUGUCCCGGCUGCCUGCACACUACCACCUACAGUCUGCUGGCAGCCACAUCUCUGAGGCAGGCGUGCUGGACCUGUCACUAAGUGAACCAAGCACCCUGGCUUUGAGCACCGCGUCUCUUCUGUUCUGACUUCAGCCUCACCGCACUGGGAUAAGCACUACUGUAUGUAGAGGGCUUGGUGAUGGGGCAGUGGACGUGGGAGGGAGGAGAACACACCAGCCCGUGAGUUGUUGGUCAUCAUAUUUGAUUGUGAAAAGUUAUUAAAUUAAAAGAAAGAUCAUUUGUAAAAUACUCUGUAUAUAUUUAUU